AAUCCCUGUUAGAAGCACCUUGUCUUGCUAAAAGGGAAGCCAGUCCCUCAUUCAGCGUCGCUUGUCAAUGUUAGGGAGGUGCCUGAGUUCUUCACUGGUGUAACUAUACACUCACAGCUUCGGUGAGAAAUUUCCAGCUCUCAUGAAACAGGACGAGCGUUUACACAGAGCUGUAUGAUAAGGAACAUAAAACAAAGAGAAAGAGAUUUUUAUAUUGGAUAUCUGUACAGAAAGGACUGGGGUUUGGUGCUUAUAGCAUCGUCUUGUGAAACGAGUGUGUGUUUUUCUAUAGAAGAGAACUGAAGCAGCAGCAACAGGAACCGCUGAAGAGCUGAACUCAAUCCAGGAUCCCCACGGAAUUGCUGGAAUUCCAGCUGAUUUUACCGCCGCUGGGAUCCAGUAAAAAUUGCAAACAUUCUGUGCUGUAAGGAAACCCCCGUGAUGUCGUACGAGGGAGACCUGGAGCAGACCGGCAGUGGAGAGAGUUUCUGGGAGCCAGGGAAUUACAAAAGGACAGUGAAGCGGAUCGAUGACGGCUACAAGCUGUGUAAUGAGCUGGUCAGCUGUUUCCAGGAGCGAGCGAAAAUCGAGAAGAGCUACGCCAUGCAGCUGACUGACUGGUCCAAGAAGUGGAGGAGCGUCAUAGAGAAAGGGCCGCAGUACGGCACGCUGGAGAAGGCCUGGCACGCCUUCAUGAAUGCUGCAGACCGGCUCAGUGACAUCCACACAGAGCUGAAGAGCCACCUGACUGUGGAGGACAGCGAGAAGGUACGCAACUGGCAGAAGGACGCCUAUCACAAGCAGAUGAUCGGGGGCUUCAAGGAGACCAGGGACGCAGAGGACAGCUUCCGCAAGGCACAGAAACCCUGGGUCAAAAAACUGAAGGAUGUCGAGGCUGCAAAGAAGAGCUACCACCAGGCCCGGAAAGAGGAGCACACUGCACUGACCCGCGAGACCCAUGCCAAGGCAGACUCCUCCAUGUCCCAGGAGCAGGUGCGCAAGCUGCAGGACCGGGUGGAGAAGUGCACCCAGGAAGCUGAGAAGACCAAGGAGAGGUAUGACAAGGCUCUGGAGGAGAUCAACAGGUAUAACCCACGAUACAUGGAGGACAUGGACCAGAUCUUUGAGCUCACCCAGGAGGCGGAGAAGAAACGGCUGCAGUUCUUCAAAGAGGUCCUUAUGGAUGUUCACCAGCACCUCGACCUCUCCAGCAAGGAUAGUUUCCGCUCCCUGUACCGAGACCUCAGCCAGACCAUUGUGGCAGCCAGUGACCAGGAGGAUCUGAAGUGGUGGAGAAGCACACACGGACCGGGCAUGAAAAUGAACUGGCCGCAGUUUGAGGAGUGGUCACCCGAGGCAACCCGUUCGAUCAGUCGAAAGGAAAGGAACAGCAAAGCAGAGGAUGUUGUGACCCUGACCAACAUUGUACCCGCAGGACAGGAGAUCACACAGACGGCACAGGAGCUGAACAGGUCUAAUGUAGAGGAUGAUGAUAACCGUUACUGUGAGAGCUUAUCAGAUCAACCCGAACAAACAAGCGCCAAAGAUUACUCCUCAGACUGGUCCGAUGAAGAAAGCCCCAAAAAAUACAUCGGCACCAAUGGUGUGGAGGAGGACGUGAAGGUACUGGGUGUGCGAGUAAAAGCGCUGUAUGAUUACAUGGGGCAAGAGGCAGAUGAGCUGAGCUUUAAAGCAGGUGAAAAGUUAAUGAAGAUUGGGGAAGAGGACGAGCAGGGCUGGUGCAAAGGUCAGCUUGAAAACGGACAAGUUGGACUUUAUCCCGCUAACUAUGUUGAGCUGAUCAGGUCGUGAUGAGCAGUUCCUGACGUCCUGCAGCUGUUCAUAUUGAGGCCAAUGAGAGACCGAGAGACAAUAACUGAUCUUUGAGUCGGAGGGGAUUUCGACUCCCAACCCUGAAGCUUGUUCCAGGUCAUGUGGUUGAAGUUUUGUGAAUGAUACAAACCUAUUGAAUACAAAACUAAAUAAAUCCAGCUAACUCCACUGUGAAACAGGACACUUUUCAAGGAUGUUGCAUCACAGAGUAAUACUAACUUGGAUUUGCAGCCACUUUUCUAUAUUCUGAUAUACUUGAAAAGUUCAGUGCCUUUGACAAGUCCAAUUGAGGCAGUACUGAAGCUGCUCCAAGUUCAUCCUGUCAAUGCACACUCAUCCUUGGAAGUUGGCAGAUUCAGGGUUCGGGAGUCUAGUUACAACCUCUUUGACAAAGAAAACAGAGAGAUAUUCGUUUUACAAAGUCUGUAUAAAUCUCAGAAAAGCCUUGAUAUCAAAAACCCCACUUACUGUCCCCAGUUUAUUUUGCUUUUUACUGAUUAUAUAUAAGAAUUACACACAAUGUUGGGGGGGGGGGGCAAAGAUUUACUCAUAAAUAUAUUCACAAGUAUAGAGGGGAGACAUGUUUUAUUCUAACAUGCUAUAGUAAUGUUGUAGAUUUUGUUUGCUAAUAAACCAAUUGAAAGGCAGAAUGGUGUGCCAGCCUUUCAUGCUUGUUAAAUAUUUAAAACUGGAUUCCCUGCUGAACAGGCUUUUCCAUAGAGAAUCUACACUUGAUAAGUUUUAAUGUGCUGUGUUGUCCUAUAUUGCUGGACCAAAAGGUUGGAUUCUUGACACUAAAGCAGUCUGUGCUGCUGUAGGGAAGUCGGACCUGCCUUUCGGCACAGUGUUCAGUGCUUGCUUCAGUAUAGAUUUCAGGUGAGAGUUUUGGACUGGGAUACGGGAGCUUCAGAUCUUGAUUCCACUGUCUGCAUCACUACACUCUUGGGGAAGAAAUAAAGAGUAUUCAAUUCAA